CAGGUUGUCCUAAUGUGGGGCUUUCUUAUAGGUAGUGUCGUAUUCGGGAAAUUGGCCGAUAAAUAUGGUAGAAAAAAUCCACUAAUGAUUUCCAUAGUCAUUCAAACAGUCAUGAGUUUCGCCGCUAGUGUUGUGCCCUCAUACUGGUUGUUCCUUGCUUGCAGAUUUGUUUUGGCCCUAGCUUCUGGGGGAGUAGGGAUUAUAUCAUUUGUAUUAGUGAUCGAAGUUGUGGGUGGUAAAUGGCGCACGAUAAUACCCGUCCUUUACCAGUUGCCGUUCGGAUUGGGCAACCCCGUCAUGACGGGAUUGGCAUUCUGGCUCAGAGACUGGAGAAGCCUACAAUUUGCACUGUCGACAUUAUCAUCAUUUUUCAUAUGGUAUUGGUUCUGUAUUUAUGAAUCGCCGAGAUGGUUGUUGGCCACCGGAAAUGUAAAGGAAGCUUACGAUGUACUGGAAAAAGCAGCCCGUAUAAAUAAAAGAAACUUCAACAAGUACAAAGUCAAGGAAAUGUUAAUGAAUGCUAAGGGACGUCCACAAAGUCCUCCAAGUUUCUGGACUUUCAUAAAACUAAAGACCAUGCGAUCGAGAACUGUGAUGCUGUCUAUUCAUUGGUUCUGCACUGGCUUAUGUUUCUAUGUAUUAGCCCAAUAUCUUGGCUGGAUUGGAGAUAAUAUCUUCCUAUCCGUAAUGAUAAGCGGGUUAAUUUCUUCGCUCGGUCCGAUUGUCUGUGUUUUCGUAAUUAUGAAGAUGGGACGAAAAAUAACUUUGGCGAUAUUUGAAGGGCUGACGGCUCUCUGUUUCAUAUGCAUACUUUUGGUACCACGAAAUGUGUUUACGAAUGACUGGCCCAGACUUGUUUUUGCUGGAAUAGGAUUUGGGGGCAUGGCAGGAACGGUUCCUGUACUGUACCUCUUUUCUGGUGAACUGUAUCCAACAUUGGGACGAAACGUAGGAGUAAGCGGUGUUUCAACGUUCGCCCGGAUCGGCUCUAUGGUGGCACCAUUGGUGGCGGGCCUUAACGAUUUGCUUCCUGAUUUAUCCUUGUACAUAAUGGCUGUCCUAGUAUUUGCCCAAAUGCUGGUGGUUGUACCCUUGCCUGAAACCAAGAACCGUCCUUUGCCUGACACCAUGGAGCAGGCUGAACAACUCAGUGAGACGCCAAUGUGGUUGUCGAAAAAAGUGAACUUUUUGCAAAGGACGAACGAGUAGCACGCCCAUUCUGCCAUGUUAUAAUUAAUUACGGUCGCGAGA